AUGGACCACAUGGGCUUCCAGAUGCCUCACAUGGGGGGGCCGCCCCAGAUGAUGAACCAGCCGCCGCAGAUCUUUGGCGCUUACACUCCCGACGGCCUUCCCGUCACGCAUAUGCCCCCCGACCUGGCGGCGCAUAUGUUCGGGGACCCAUCCACCCUCCUCGACGAUGCAAAUGAGGCAAAGAGGAGAAGGAUCGCGAGGGCUUGUGACAUGUGUAGGAAGAAGAAAAUCAAGUGCGACGGCAAGAUGCCCGCUUGCAGCCAUUGCAUAAAUUACAAGACGGAUUGCGUAUUCACCCAGGUCGAAAAGAAGCGCAACCCGCCAAAAGGGGCAAAGUACAUUGAAGGACUCGAGAACCGCCUGGGUCGCAUGGAGAAUCUAUUGAGACUUUCAGGCCUUCUUGGCGAAGACGACGACGGUGACACGGAUCUGGGCACACUCGAAAAGCGAUUAGCAGAGAAGCAACAGCAGUCGAGACAGGCAUCCCAAGCUGCGUCUAACCCGACGUCCCCGUCCCAGGCAACUUCGGGGCAGAACGAGACCAUGUCAACGCCACAUAGCGCCAUCACGUCCCCCGAGCCUACCAAAGAAUCGCACAGAGAUCCCAAGGAAGCAGACAAGCGCCGGGCCUCCGUAUCCGAAGAGAAGGGCAACGAGGAGGAGGUUGAGGCGCUUUCUGAGCUCAUGUGCUCCCUGGUCACGAACCAAAGUGGCGAGACGCGAUACAUCGGUUCCUCGUCAGGCUUCUCCAUCUUUUCCCCCAAGGGUAUUCAGUGGGUGAACGAGAAGACGGGAGACAACUCGUUCCAGGCAAUGAUUUCCGAAGUCUCUAUCGACGACCAUAAGUGGACUGCCUGGAAACCCGAGGUUUUCAGCGAUCUGUUCCGCCGCCCAGUCUUCCGGCCACUGCCCCCCAAGACGGAGGCGUUGUCUCUGCUGAAAGACUUCUUUGAGAACUUCAACUGCAUGUUCCCACUGUUCCAUCAACCUACGUUCAUGCAUCUGGUCGAACGACAAUAUUCCGACGAUCCGUACGAGGGCACCGGCUGGUGGGCGAGUUUGAACUGUGCUUUGGCUUUUGCCCAUCGUCUGCGUGUCAUGAGCAAUCUUGUACCACAGGAGGAGGAUGACAAGGCUUGGGGUUACAUGAAGAACGCUUUGGGAACUUUUGCCGAAUUAUCGAUGCGCAACACAGACUUGCUGAGUGUGCAGGCCUUGCUCGGAAUGGCCCUCUUCAUGCAAGGAACUCCCAACCCUCAGCCGACAUUCCUUUUGGUCGCCACGUCUAUUCGUCUCGCACACAGCAUUGGCCUUCACAAGAGAGGAACUGGCUUUAACCUCAACCCCAUUGAGAUUGAACAGCGAAAGCGAGUGUUCUGGAUCGCCUACAUGUUGGACAAGGAUCUUUGCCUCCGAGCGGGCCGCCCGCCAGCUCAGGACGAUGACGAUAUGAACGUUGAGCUACCCGAUGCUGAUCCGGAAGACAAUAUUGGUAACAUUCCUCUGGCUGACGGCAAGGGAAAGAUGAACCUCUUCCGAGUGAUGUGCGAGUUUGCGACAAUCGAAAGCAAGGUCUACUCUCGGCUGUACUCGACCAAGGCUACAAAGCAAUCGAGUGGAGAGCUUCUCAAUACCAUUGGAGAGCUCGAUCAGGAACUCGAGGAAUGGAAGGAUAGGAUCCCGAUCGAUUUCAGACCAGAGCACGAGAUCAAGGCGUCGCAUACGCCUCUCAUUCUCCACGUUGCCAUGCUUCACUUAACUUACUACAACUGCUUGACGACGAUUCACCGCAUGUCAGUUCACCACGGAUACUGGACAAGUCGCCUGUCCAACUAUGCCAUUCAGGGGCUCAACGCCAAACCCUUGAACCCCCGCGUCUUCUCUUCUGCGGCGCUCUGUACCGCCGCCGCCCGAGCAUCGAUCUCGCUUCUCAAGUACAUGCCGCAGGGUGAUUCCCCAAGUGUCUGGCUCAUUCUGUACUUCCCGGUAUCGGCGCUGAUGACGCUAUUCGGAAACAUUUUGCAGAAUCCAAUGGAUCCAAGAGCCAAAUCCGACACCAAGUUGAUGAACCUUGUGGUCAACUUCUUGUCAAUGCUGGGCCAAGAAGCAGAGACUGGAGGUGUGCACCGUAUGCUCGGUGUGUGCUCAGAGUUUGAGAGGAUAGCCAAGCUCGUCAUCGAAAAGGGGGAGAAGGAGCAGUCUUCGCGUAGGAAACGAAAGAGCGACGCCGCUGUCAAGACUUCGUCAAGCCCCGCCGCAUCAACACACACACCCAGGCCCGUCUCCGUCACUACCCCGACUCCCCAAUCCAUGAACGGUGCAGCUACAUCAUCGACGACAAACGGCCAAUUGUCGCCCGACUUCAAUGGCGAAGCGAACCGGAGAAGGCACGGAUUCAGUCCCAUGACGACCACAUCAAUGCGAGAACCAUCACCAGCACUUCCGUCUGCUGGUUGGCCUCAGGAGUUUAGCAUACCAGAACAACCAAACUUCAACAACUUUGGCGAAAUGACAGGGUUCGCAGGGCCGAACAGUGCUCGUUCGCCGCCGGUAAACAUGGGCGGACCGUUCCAGCAACCUCUUCUACCGCAAGAUCUGUUCGCACUCCCCAUGACACUAGAUUGGGACUGGGCAGAGAUGAGCGGCGGUGCGUACCCAACGGUGGAAAACGGCAACGUGGGUUAA